UACCCGUGGCUCGCGUUGCGCUCGUUUCGAAUUCGAGCGCUCCUUUAAAAAGUUGUUAAGGAGCUUUUCUCGCCAUCUCCCUCGCGCCCUCACGUGUAGCACCAGCGACCGACGUCGUCGGUGACUGCACCGGAUGCACCUGGACCAUCAUGAGAGUGGUUAAAAUGACUAUAAAAUAAGCUAAACGACAAUAAAUAAUUAAGUAAGAAGAAUUAUUUACACACUAGUGCUAAGCACGGAAUAUUGGGAUGUAUUUGAGACAAUAAGACAUACGCUGUAUGAUAUGACAAUAAGAAGCGAGCGAACGAGAUUUGAUAUCAAAUGUGUCCUGACGUGAAGACGGCGGAGUCAUCGCGGCGCUCUAGGCCCGUUGCCAUGGAAACCGGGGGACUUCCAUUGGUUUCGACCUUCGCUCUCCUCACCAUAGUCGCCGGUCAACUGCAAGGGUCAGGGUACAGCGAGCCGGAACCGGAGUUUCUAUCGCCGCUAGAGAACCUCACCGUCGCACAAGGGCGGGAUAUACAUUUCACAUGCACUGUCAACCACCUCGGCUCCUUUAAGGUGGCGUGGAUAAAAUCGGAUACAAAAACCAUUCUAGCAAUCCACACACGCAUGGUAACUUUGAAUCCACGAUUAUCCGUGACACACAAUGGGCAUAACACGUGGAAACUGUAUAUCAGCAAUGUGGAGCCGAAGGACUCCGGCACCUACAUGUGUCAGAUUAACACGGAUCCUAUGAAAAGUCAGAUGGGUCACCUAUCAGUGGUGAUUCCACCAGACAUCGCUGACGAUACAGGCUCCGAGGCGAGUGCAUUGGAGGGCGGCAGCGUAGAGGUGCGGUGCACUGCGACCGGCGUGCCCGACCCCAUCAUAUCGUGGAAGCGUACUGGUGGCCGCAACAUCGUGUUUCGAAACGAAAGCGGAAAAGAGGUCAAAGUUGUGGACAGCUUCGUGGGGUCUAAUCUGGUGCUGAAGGGACUCCGUCGGUCGGACAUGGGAACGUAUUUGUGCAUAGCAGCUAACGGUGUGCCCCCAACCAAAAGUCGUCGCUACGAAGUGGCGGUGCUUUUCGAGCCCCUGGUCCGCGUGGUCAGCCCAGUGGUACUACGAGCUGUGGACAUGCAAGUGACUCUGCAGUGCUUCGUUGACGCAUCACCCAAGUCGCUCAACACUUGGCAGCACGGCAAGUCACAAGCCGGUGGCAAGCUGCUUAAUGGCUCUAAAUACAUCAUAUCAGAAGAAAUAAUAAGCGAAUACGCCGUUCGCAUGAAUCUGACAAUCACUCGCUUAAAGAAGAGUGAUUUCGGCGAGUACUCUUGUUCGGCCGUCAACGGAUACGGAAAGGCCGAAGGGAUCAUUACUUUGAAAGAAACGCCGCAGCGGACGACCACUACGACCACUACAACCACAGUCACGACUACCACUCCGCGACCAACUACCACUACGUCAACGACCACGAGACCACCGAAGCGGCACCUGAAAAAGCCGCACGAUCGUCAGAACGCCAUAGACUCGGACUUGAGGCAGGCUGAACUCAAUAACGCAUUUAACCUGUACAAUGUGAAUGCGUAUGGCCCUCCCAAUAACACUCACAACGAGUAUGCUCAAAGGACGGAGCGUCAAAAAGUACGCCCAUCGGGCCCUCCACGCCAUGUCGUCAUACCCUACGGAGCAGCUACCUCUCUACGCAUCUCAAAAUACACCCUCGCCCUAGCUCCUCUACUUUCAUUCCCUUUCAAAAUAGCCAAACUUUCUGUAUAAAAGAAUAACCCGAAACAUAUUAUCACAAUAUUUUUUAUUAAAUAGCGGUCUAGGUAGUGAUGAAAACAUGGCUGUAAAAUUUUUGAUUAAGAGUAAAUUUGAGGUUGUUGUAUACAUUUUCGUACACCAGAAUGUUUAAAGUGUAAUGUAGGUAAGGACAUAACGGCAAGUGGAAUAUAAAUUUAGCCUUAAAAUGUAAAUCAAGACAAUAAAAUACGACAAGUUGGAUUUAAGUAAUAAGAUUCACUGUCCUGUUCGAAAUUCCACUUAACAGAAAUUCGUUAAAACGAACACUGCGGUUAUUUAAAAAUAUCAUUAUAAUAUCAUAUCGUUAUAUGAUAAGGGUUUUUAAUAUGGCAAUUUUACUAAAGUUGGACCGAAAUUAUGACUUAUUUACGAUCUCAUACUAAAAUUGAAAUAAUAUGUAUUCAUUGUUCUAAUGGAAAAUCUUUAUCGUUUUAUUGUGAAAUAUUCGCAUUGUAACUAUUUCGGCUUAUAAAAUGUUGUAAAUUUUUACGUAAAGUAUUAAAA